AUGGCUCGACCUACAUACAUUGUUGCGCGGAACGCUCAACGUGCAGAUCUGCAUGAUAAAAUUCGGUCACGUAAACACGACGUUUCAUCGCCGCCCACGGUUACGAUUGUGUGCUCGGUAGAUUACGAGGCGAUUCGCGACAGAAUUCGACGUUUAGUGAAAAGUGCUGCAGUUCGUCCAACUCGUUCGAUAGCUCACGUAGAAUCAAACUGCGUCAUUGACCUACUUCCGAAUGUUCAUAACCUUCAAGUAGCACCCUUAUUCCUUCUAGGGAUUUUGCAUGAUCCUAGAAGAUCCUGGAGGAUUUUUUGCGUCUGUUUGAUGUCUUUUCCUUUAAUUGCGUGAAGAAAGGAAAAAGAAAGAGUAGUUCCAGUUUUUAACCCUUUGCGCUCGACUGUCUUCUGUGUAAGGAGGCAUCACACUUAAAUUCAGCUGAUAACUAAAAUUCUAGAAUCUUUUAUAACUGUUGAUAAUUACAACGAACGUGGAUAUAAUGUUGUACGAUAUAACGACGUAAGAGGGAUAAUAAAAUUCAUGUGGAGUCAUUAUCAUCGAGUUAUAUUAUUCGAAUGAUUCGGGAUAAUUCACAGACAAAAUGGCGGAGGAAAUUUUUCAAGAGGAAACUGAAAUUACGUGUCGUUAACUAUUCUACGUACUACGCUUGACGAUUGCUUUUA